AUGCCAACGGUUCCUUCCAGUCUGGCAUGUGUCUCCCACCACUUCGGUAUCGACGACGUCAGCGGACCCACACCAGACCCUGAGCUCGAUGAUGUCGUCUUAGUUCCCGCAGAGUCUGGAAACGCAGUGACGACAACCUCGCCAGAACCGCCAGAACCUACCGUCAAGCCCCAUAUUUCUCUUGGGAACCUGACACUGCACUCACCUUCAUCCAUCAUGGGCACCCCAUUCGACCUCUCACCGCGCUUCGAGUAUCCGUUCCCCCCCAAUGUCGACCCCGCCGAGCACACCCUGCCCGCGACAAUGCCCACGAUGCCCACCUUCUCCUCCUCACUCGUGUCUUUCCCCGCAUCUUUCCUCUCAGUGCCGUUACCGCAACUUCCGAUGCCGAGCACGCGCGCAGAUCGCAACCACUCCCAUACGCAUAUGCGGAUGCAGACACGAGACCCGCCGAUGCCGCCGGGACUGGCUAAGAAGGGGCGUGCGCCGGCUUCCUCGAUUACAUCCUCUCGCACACAGCGCCCCCGUUGCGAGAGUACGCCUUCCGCUUUAGAAUCCGUGCGUUCACCUGCGUCUGAUCUGAGGAGUCAGACGCGGGUAGUAGAGGCUAAGAGGGCUUUGGAUCGGACACUCAGAGACGAGACGAUGGUCGGGGAGGAAGGGGAGCCCAAAGUCGGGAUUGCUAGACAUUUGAAAGCGGAUCAGGGCCUCGCCGUGCAACAGAUUAUUCCAAACCCCGUCAUCGGCCCAGUCAUACCGGACACAAUGAUGGACAUCGUUGACCAUGCUGCUUUUCACGAUAUUGUCAAGACAGUCGAGGCCAGGGUGGAGCGUGUAGUCGACUUCCAGAAAUCCACAGUCGAUCAUCGUGUCAGCGGCUUGGUGAAGCCGAUUCUCAGGUCGAUUGCACCCUCGGAGACCCUCCACCACCUCCAGGAUACAUUAUCGGAAUGUGGAGGUGCUGCUCCACCUUCCACCUCUGUCUCAGACCACGACACUCUCCUUGUCAUGUCUGCGGCGGUCUCCGAAGCUGUUGUAGCCUCCGAUGCCUCCUGCUCCCUGUCUCGCUCACCUUCUCCCAUCACCCCCGUCGGUGCAUAUUAG